GUGGAUGCGCACGGAGCCCAUCCAGGUGCUGACGCACGGCGAGACGGUGUUCGCCUCGUCGCUGCGCUUCUCCGUCUGGCACGGGGGCGGCGGCGACGCCUGGACGCUCAAGGUGUCCGGCGUGCGGCCCGAGGACUCCGGCCGCUACGAGUGCCAGGUCAACACGGACCCCAAGAUGAGCCUCGCCAUCGUGCUGCAGGUGCAAGAGGACUUCCGAGACUUCCCCAGCGACCAGCAGCACAUCGACGCUCCGACGCCAGACGACGGCGGUGCGACGGUGGCGGGCCCGCGCUACGUGCCCCAGGGCACCACCGUCACGUUCACCUGCGUGGCGGACGCGCCCGGCCCCGGGGAGGCGGGCGCCCUCGCGGCCUCCAUGGUGGAGUGGAGGUACAACGGCGACCUUGUCUCGACCCAGAUGGGCCGCGGAGGCGUGAGCGUGGAGACGGAGCGCGACGACCAGAAGAUCCGCAGCACGCUGACGCUGGCCGCCGUGUCGGCCUCGGACGCGGGGACCUACUCGUGCGCCCCGGCUGGCGCCCGCCCCGGCACCAUCCAGCUCAUCGUCGUGGACGGCGAGCGGAUGGAGGCUAUGCAUCGCGGCGACGCUGGCCGCCUGUCGCCCUCUGCGCCCGUCUUGGCCCUCCUCGCCGCCGCACUCCUGGCGUCGGCUCGUGCCGCCUGAGAAGUAUUGGCGAUUCGCGAGAUAAAAACUCACGUGUGUUGGCGACUGCCUCCCCUUCCCACUUUCGCAGCUGGACCCGACCGAAACAUCAAACUUAUAGUAGUGACGAUGCAGUUCCUGUAAUAUUUUGAUGUGUUAAUUAUUUAUGAAUUCUGUCUUUGUAAAAAUGUGUGUAAAUAAUUAAGUGUCCUUGUUUGUACAUAUGUAUAGGUAUACAUUAUUAGAUAUACUUGACAUUUAUUUACUCAUGAGCAUGUAAAGUUUUGCCUAGCAGCACCUGUACCGUAUGUCAGGGUCACGUCGCAACAGUAUGCUGGGUUGCCUACUGGACCUACCGUAAGGCGCCAUAGCCCCUCUAGGCGUAUGUUAAACCCACAACACUGUCUUGUCGUAGCCCUGACACACGGUACAAAUAAAAGUGCUUGACAAAUGCCAUUCACAGCAAAGUCUGUCUCGGUCUGUAACUUUCUGUAUAAAACAUGGCUGUCACACUUUAACGAGUGAGACUUUGUGUUGGAAUGUUACACACUUAUAUUUGUAAAUGCGACAUAUGUAUUAAGUUUCCAAUCAUUCCGUCAGCAGUUUAGUCUUGUAUUUCCAUGAGAUUUAGCUCUAAUUUUAAAUACUUUUGUGAUACCAUAUAAUUAAGUUCUAAGACGAUUUUCAGAAUAUAUCGAGGUGAACUGGCCGUGUUCAACAUGCCCAGGGAAUCAGUUGUAUGUUUUGUAAUUACUAACUUGGCAAUAUUCAUUAGGCCUAAGCAUCUGCGUUAAAAAAGAAUAAAAUUCAAUCCGUGCAAACAUUGUGCAAACA